CCGAUGUCUACACGGUGCUGCUGCUUUCUAUCUUCACGCUGUGCUCUGGCGUCAGUGCGUUGUCGUGUCAAAUGAGGAAGUGAACACAGAUGUGGAGUCGGUUGUAAAGCCACUUUGGAUGGGAAGCCUCAGUCUGGAAUCUUUACUCUUCCUGGUCACAUCACAGUGCCAUAUUGGUCAGAGAUGGGACUUCUGAAUAAACCUGUAUGGGCAGAUUGCCUAAUUUCUUUAUAAUAUUAAUUACGACCAAGUUUCACGCGCACAUACCGUAUACACACAAACAUGGCACCAGUCCCACCUGGCGUUCGUUUCUUGGCAUCCUUCAAUAGGGAACAAUGGUACAAGGCCUUCACGUUUGCUCUCACUUUUCUUCUCUACACAAGUUUCCAUCUAUCCAGGAAGCCCAUCAGCAUUGUCAAGAGCGAGCUGCAUAAGAAUUGCUCUCUGGUCAUGGAGUUAUCAACAGAGAGCGGCAACGGUCAGCAGCCUGGACAUCACCCAGCAACCUGCAGCUGGAAACCAUUCGAUAGAAGUAACUAUAAACAGUUACUUGGUGCAAUGGAUUACUCUUUCCUGUGUGCUUAUGCUAUAGGCAUGUAUCUCAGUGGAAUCAUUGGAGAGCGUUUACCCAUUCGUCUGUACCUGACUGUGGGCAUGUUGGCCAGUGGCCUUUUCACCUCACUGUUUGGACUGGGAUACAUCUAUGACAUCCAUAACCUUGGAUUCUAUAUAUUUGUUCAGGUGGUCAACGGUUUGGUUCAGACCACUGGUUGGCCUAGUGUUGUCACUUGCAUCGGUAACUGGUUUGGCAAAGGCAGGAGAGGCCUCAUCAUGGGUCUGUGGAACUCGCACACGUCAGUGGGGAACAUUUUGGGUUCCUUGAUUGCCGGAUAUUACGUGUCCUCUAACUGGGGUUUGUCUUUCAUUAUCCCUGGAGUUAUCAUUGCUGCCAUGGGGAUCGUCUGCUUCUUCUUUUUAAUCGAGCACCCUAAUGAUCUCAAGACUGCCUGUGCCCAGACCUCAGCUCCAAGUAAUCAGAAACGAAGCGGUGAGAAUGGACAUAAAGACCUCUACCUGCAUUACAAGCAAGGAGCUAAAACACAGAGCUGGGAUACAGAGCUUCUGCUCGGACAGGAGAGCAUUGGGGUGUGCGUUCCUGUACAGCAAGUCGUGGUGGUAAAGAGUGAGGCAGAACCAUCAGCCAUCAGCUUCAUGGGGGCUUUACGAAUUCCUGGCGUAGUGGAGUUCUCUCUGUGUUUGCUGUUUGCCAAGUUGGUCAGUUAUACCUUCCUUUUCUGGCUUCCUCUUUACAUCACCAAAGCAGCUCGACUUGAUGCCAAGAAAGCAGGAGAUUUGUCAACUCUAUUUGAUGUGGGAGGCAUUGUUGGAGGCGUCCUGGCAGGAGUGAUCUCUGAUAAGUUGGGAAAGAGGGCCACCACAUGUGCCAUCAUGCUUCUACUAGCUGCGCCUACACUGUAUGGCUUCUCUAUGAUGAGUCAGUUUGGCUUUGGUCCCACUAUAGCGAUGCUGCUGGUGUGUGGAGGAUUAGUCAAUGGACCAUAUGCUCUCAUUACAACAGCUGUCUCUGCUGAUCUUGGCACACACAAGAGUCUAAAGGGCAAUGCCAGGGCUCUCUCAACAGUUACCGCUAUUAUAGAUGGGACUGGAUCAGUUGGUGCUGCUAUUGGACCUUUGCUGGCCGGGCUGUUGUCAUCAGGAGGAUGGAAUCGAGUCUUUUACAUGCUCAUGACUGCUGACUUUUUUGCACUUUUGCUGUUGCUGAGACUUGUAAUGAAGGAGUUUCGCUCAAACAAGAACCGUACAGGAGUUGCUGUGGAAUUUAAAGAACACUGAGUACUUAGCUCUGGGCGAGUGUAAAGUCAUCAGUUAUCCGACCACUUCUGGAGCACAACUUGAGUUUGGACCAAAACUUGACUGAAACCUGCGCUUAGUUUUCUGGGUUUGGUUUUGAAAUGGACAGUACAAAGAGAUGUUUUAUUCCCUUUUCCAGAUGAGUAAAUAUCUGACAGCUAAAUAGCUUAGAGGAAGUAUUUUCAUAAUAUAGGAUAUUUUUCAUAUGGUUUGAAGCUUUACGUUGUCUUUUGAAGGGUAACCCUGAACACAUGUACAGUACAUGACUUGAAGAGUCAAGUUAAAAAACGCACACUUGCACAAAUAAAGGUAGCCCCACCCCUUUUCUGGUAACAAGGGGAAUCUAAAAUAAAGUGUCAUUUCUACUCCUAGAAAAUGGACCACUGCCAGGCACUUAGUUUAAAUAGAAAUUCAUUAUGCCUUUUUAUCAGUAAAGCCAGUGGAGCGAAUAUUGUCAGUUUUCGGCUAAAUCUAUAAUGUAUUUAUCUUCCUUUCUACAAACCAAAGCCAAUCUUUUAGUUGUUAUAAACGUCAAUUUAUUGUAUGUUUGAACCUGUGUCAUAGUACAUAGAUGCAAAAUGUUCUUAUCCUGUGUUUGUAUAUAGAUGAUCCACUUCAAUCUGUCAUUUGAUUUGUUCACUUUGCCAGAUUUUUUUCCUGUUUAUUUAAUUUAUAUUUAUUUAUUUCUGUUGUCAGUCUUUUACUGCAGACCUGUGACUUGAAUAUUGUGCAAGAUCCGUUUAUGAAGGAAAGUUUGUGAGUUCGAAAAACACACUUUCGGUCCUUUGAAUAUAUUUAUCUGUUCAAAGUUCGAUUUGCUUUCAAAUGAAUUAUAGAAAUCAAAGCACCUCUAUCGGUGAGUGAUUUGCUAUUUGAUCUGUAUAUACUGUAUAUAUACAUACACACUACCAGCAUCAAAGUGAACAUUAUCUUUCAUUCUGUCUGUGUGAAAUAAACCUGUGUAAAACCCUGUUGACAGGAUUUAAUGUGUUACUGUAUGAAUAGUUCAAUUGUAUUUUUAAAUGUUCAGGGUAAUGUAGGAUUUUUGCUAGAUGCACAUGCAGAUGUCUGUUUUUAAGCUGGACCUCUUAUAUAACCAUAUGUUCCACAUGUGUGCAUCUGUCCUUAUAGGACAACACACUCUAGAUAAUUGAAUUUAUCUGUAUAAUGUAUGGAAAGUACUGUGGUGUAAUGAGAUACGAAAAACAUUGUGCCUUUUUCUGUUUCCUUUCUUCUGUAUGUCUUUCGGGUGUUUUAAAUUAUUAUCAGCUGCUUUACAGAAUCCCAUGUGACAAACAGAGGUUUGGGAAUUAUCUGUUUAUGUUGCAAUGUAUAUAUAGAGGCCAUUUUGAAUAAAGCAAUCAAAAA